AAAUGGGGGUUUUGCCCUCCUUAUCCAUCCCUCAAAUUCCUUUUACUGCUAAAAAGACCGUCAUUUUCCCAAGUUUCUGCAACAAAAACCAAGGAAAAUGGUUGAAAUUUCGACCCAAAAAGAGCAGGAUUGUUUGCAUGGCUGAACCAUAUUUGAUUACAAAGUUGGAUUCCGCUGAGAAGACAUGGAAAGAAUUGUCGGUUAAGCUGGCUGAUCCUGAUGUGGUCUCAAAUCAUAAUGAGUACCAACAGCUUGCUCAAUCCAUGGCAGAGCUUGAAGAGGUGGUGAUGAUCUAUAGAAAGUUCAAGGAUUGUGAAAAGCAAAUCCAGGAAACAAAAGAACUGGCAAAAGAGGAUGGAGACCAAGAUAUGGUAGAAAUGAUAACUUCUGAACUUGAAAGUUUAUCUAGUCAACUCAGAGAGCUUGAGGCGCAGCUGAAGGUGCUAUUGCUUCCCUCUGAUCCUCUAGAUGCCCGAAAUAUCUUGCUUGAAGUGAGGGCAGGGACUGGAGGUGACGAAGCAGGAAUAUGGGCUGGUGAUCUUGUGCGCAUGUACCAGAAGUAUAGUGAACUCAAUUCCUGGAAGUGCACUCCAGUUUCUAGCUCAGAGGCUGAAAAGGGAGGAUACAAGACAUUUGUGAUGGAAAUCAAGGGAAAACGUGUGUAUAGUAAAUUGAAGUAUGAGUCUGGUGUUCACCGUGUUCAACGUGUUCCGCUCACAGAAUCACAAGGUCGGGUGCAUACAUCAACAGCUACUGUUGCUAUUAUGCCAGAGGCUGAUGAAGUGGAUGUCGUAAUUGAUCCGAAGGAUAUUGAACUUUCAACAGCAAGGUCUGGUGGCGCUGGAGGUCAGAAUGUCAAUAAGGUGGAGACUGCCAUUGACCUUUUCCAUAAACCAACUGGAAUUCGCAUCUUUUGUACUGAAGAAAGGACUCAGUUUCAAAACAAGAAUCGUGCUUUUCAGUUGCUCCGAGCAAAACUGUAUGAAAUGAAAGUAAGAGAACAACAAGAGAAGAUAAGGAACCAGCGGAAAUCUCAGGUUGGUACAGGUGCCCGCUCAGAAAAGAUCCGAACAUACAACUACAAGGACAACCGAGUCACUGAUCACCGGCUGAAGAUGAACUUUGAACUCACAUCCUUCCUUUCAGGCGAUAUUGAAACCGCCGUUCAGUCCUGUGUUUCUAUGGAGCAAAAAGAACUACUUGAGGAGCUUGCUGAAUCUGUGACUUCACCUAUGCCCUAACCUGUUGAUGGGUGAUCAUCUAUGUUUGCUUGAUGGUCUUAUCGAAGCCAAAGCCCCUCAUUUACAACACACUGCAAGAAGUAGGACUCUGUACAGCGAACUUCUCAGAGUUACGUUGACAUGCAUAUGUACUAUUAUUUCACCAGGUAUCAUUUGAUUUUUGUUAUAUUUAUCUAGUUCAGUCUGUAAUUAUAUCCUUUUAUCAUUUACUUAUCUUUUCAAAAAUAUACUUGAUGCCAGCAUAAAGCGUCAUUCCCAUGUAUAACUGUGUUAGUGUUAAUUGGGCAAUCCCUAUGAGUGAUUUGAGGAAAAAUUUCACAAAAAAGUUCAUUAUAGUUUAUCUUCAGUGUCUUGUAUAUUUAGACUAUUUAUAUUCAGCAAGAAAUGGGGUUAGCCACAAAAGAAAAA